GAAUCUGCUUUUCCAGAGGCACACACGGCUGAGAUCAUGGCAUUUGACGGCAGUUGGAAAGUAGACCGGAAUGAGAACUAUGAUAAGAUCAUGGAGAAAAUGGGCAUUAAUGUGCUGAAAAGGAAGGUUGCAGCUCAUGACAAUUUGAAAUUGACCAUCAGGCAAGAAGGGAAUAAAUUCACUAUUAAAGAAUCUUGCAGGAUUCGAACCAUUGACGUUGUGUUUGAACUCGGUGUCAACUUUAACUAUACUCUAGCAGAUGGAACAGAACUCAGUACCACAAGCUUUUAG